AUGUUAGAAGUUUUAAAGGCUUUUACACCUGCUCAUCUUAGUUUAAAUAAUUUAGGCAAUUUCCGCCCGCCCAAAAACUCACCUGCAAGUGACCAACUCGCCGGCAGGCUGAACGUGAAGGGCUUAGCGGAAGCCGUCUGCGGCGAAGACACGGCGAUGCAGCAGAUCACAAUCACCGAUAACAGGGAUUUCAGGAGACCGUCCACGGGCGCCCCGCGGUUGAGCGCGUCGCGCGCCGAUCGCAUCGCAGUUAGGAGUCUACGGAACGACAUGUCUACAGCACCAUGA